CCAAAUAUGUGGACUGAAUAAGCGUAGUAUUUAAAAUAUUGUUUGUUAUUUAAUAUUUAUUUUGUGCAAAGUGAUAAUUCGACGAGAAAAGUGUGUGUUUUUAUACAAAUAAAUAGUUGUUAAAUUGGUGUAAUUCUUUAAGGGAAUUAGAAUUAUUUUAUAAAUCAUCUUCAUAAACGAAUCAGAAGCAACGAUGAACAUUAUUUCAUCCAAAAAUGACGACAACAAAUACCGAAAAACUUAUUAUUAUAAUAAGCAGAGCAAUCGAAACUCGAAAAAGAUUGUGUACAGCGAUCAUAUUCUCAAACAGAUCGAGGAAUUACAUGAGCAGAGACGACGAUCUUUGGGUGAUUUCAAGAAGUUGAAGCGAGACGCCGAAAACGAAUUCGCGCUGAAAAACUACGGACUUGACGAGAUCGACAUUGAUCCGCUUUUAAAUAGGAUAGAAAUCUACAUAGAUUUCAUGAACAACAAACUGAUUGAGAAUGACGCAACAGACGUGGUGGAUAACAAAUGCGUAUCGUGUGACCAAACAAAAAAACUUUGCAACUGCUACCAACUUAAAAGUUAUUUCAGGAAAAGAUAUUUUUGAAAUUGAAAUCGCUUCAAUUUGUCUUCUGAAAUUUAUUAUUGAAUUGAUCUAUUUCCAAACCUACUUGUUCUAUGUUUGACUAUUUAAUAUUUAUAUGUAAAUUCGUUCGAAAAUUUCUAUUUAAUCAAGAAAUGAGGUAAACAUUUUUCUUAGUUUUACAAUUAGUUGUUUAUUCUUGUCUUUUUAAACUAUCAUUAAUUAUAUUUCUAUACACUAAAUCUAAAUGUAUAUUGUG